GGGGCUCUGGGCAGGGGGUGGGACCACUGUGCUAACCCCACUGCUCACCCCUGUCACCCAGCAGGUGUUGGGGCAGCGCUGGGCACUUGGCGGGUACAGGAGGUGGCAUCUGCCCGUGUGUCUGUGCAGUGGCACUGGACGUCGCUGCUUGUGUGCGCUAGGGUGGCUGGAGACCCCCACAGCUGCUUGACACAGGGGGUGGGACAGGGCUUGGCACCUGGGGACCCCUCCCUGGGCACACAAUGUGGCCAGAUUGCUGCAGAUGCUGAGGGACUGAGGAACAAGGGGGAAGGUCAGGCUUGUGCUGGGGACACAGAUGUGGCCCCAGGGUCCUUGGCAUGGCUGCCACGGAUGGACCUUCACCCUGCCGUGGCAUUGCCUCUGGGCUGUGCUGGGGCCAUGUCCUCGGUCCGCUGCUGAUGCUGGCAGUGGGGCUGCUGCAGGCAGGGGAGCCCCAUCAGCGGUGGGGGGCAACCGUGGGAUCCCACUGCCCAGCACUGGGUGCUGGCAGGGCUGGACGCUCCUCCCUGCCGUCCUCAUCGAGCGGGUGCUGGCCUGGGGGGGACAGGAAGCCCCGUAGGAAGUGACUUCAGCCCUGGUUCCUCGGCCCAGCUUCCUCCCCAUUCUUGUCCUCUCCUGCUGUUGCUCUUGGCAGGAGGAGCGUGCCCGUCCUCCGGCCCCAUUCCUGGCAUGUAGCCAAGCUCACCGAGAGCCGCCCCAACGCCCCUGCCAUGCACUGCCUUACUGAUGCCUUCAGCCUCUCCUGGCCCUCGGGGUGUGAUGUCAGUGGAACCCACUGUCCCGGCACUGCAGCACCGACCGGAGCAGCUCCAUCGGGAGCAUGGAGAGCCUGGACCAGCCUGGCCAGGCCUGCUAUGAAGGCGACCCCUCACCCAUUGACCAGGGCAUCUACCACAGCAAGCGGGACUCAGCCUACAGCUCAUUCUCCACCAGCUCCCUCACCUCUGACUGCACUCUCUCCCUCCGCCCUGAGGAGACCACCUCUGUCGACUCCAGCCUCCAAGGCUCCUGCAAGCCCCCCAACGGGCGCUACCUGACCACAGGGGCUGAGCCACCCACCAGCCAGCACCCCGAGGCCUGGAGGGUGCCUAUGCCCCCCCAGCCCCCUGUCAGGAGGGACAGUCUGCGGGCAGCCCCAGCCGGCAGAGGGGACAGGCGCUGGGUGUCAGUGUCGGUGGACAUGCUGCAUGCCAAGGGUCGAUGGAUCUCUGACACCUUCCUCUGCCAGAGGGAUAGGGAGGCAGAGGCAGCAGGUGGGAGGAUGCCAGUGCCAUACCCCAUGAAGGACCGCCUCUCUGCCAAUCAGUAUUACACGCUGAGCUCCCACCCCAACCGAUGCCCAGCCGAGCCACACCGGGGGGAGGGCACAGAGCCUGGUGACCAGCUGUACCUGGAUGGCAGCAUGCACCAGGUGCCGGAUGCCAUGGCAGCAGGUGACAACCUGCUGCUGUCCCCCCUCAAGGGCCAUGCGCCACACCGGCACAGUGCUCCUGAGCAGCUGCUGGCCUCCCAGCUCCGCUCCCUCCAGGUGGGCUCCAGCAGUGGGCGAGCCUCACCGGCCCCCGAUGGGCACCACUGGACCCUCUCCCCGCUGCACCCUGAGGGCAGCCGGCCAGGGACUGCGGUGGCUGCCCAGGACCCCCAGCUCUGCCCAGAGCCAUGCUGCUGCCUGCCGCCCUGCCGCUGCUGCCCUGAGCUGCAGCGAGCCUGUGGGCAGGAUGGGCAGGGGGCCAGCCCAGUGCGUGGUAGUGAGGGGCCGGCAGAGGAGGAGAGCCGGGCAGGGGGCCGGCGGGCUGGGGGCCCACCCCACCGCUCUGCUCAGAUGCGCCGCCGCAGCGACCGCUUUGCCACCAGCCUGCGCAACGAGAUCCAGCGGCGCAAGGCCCAGCUGCAGAAGAGCCGGGGUCCCGGUGCCCCGCCACCUGGUGAGGAGCCGGUGGAGGAGGCAGAGGAGCCCCCCGAGGGCAGCGUGCUGGUGGAGGGACCCCGUGCCCCAGCCAAGCGUCUCAGCCCUGCGCCAAGCGAGGAUGGCAGGAACCCCAGCUGCUCGGAGGACCGGGGCAUCCCCACCCCUGACCCACUGCCGGUUCCCAAAGGACCCUCAUCCCCGGAGCGGGUGGUGCGGACGGGCGGGGGCCACUGGCGCUGGUCCUCAGAGCACAAGCUGCAGUUGCAGCGCUCGCCCAGUCCUGGUGAGCUGGAGGGCUACAGCCAGGGGCCUGCGGCCCCCAGCUCCCCGCCACGGGGCACCGAUGAGGCCGUCCUCCUGCCCUUUGCCGACCGCCGCCGGUUCUUUGAGGAGAGUAGCCGGCCGGUGCCACCCCGGCACAGCAAGCCCUCGGCGUGUGAUCCUGGUGCCUUCCAGCCCCACGGCCCCGAGCGCCGGGACAUCCGCCACCUCUCCAUGGACCAGACCUAUGGCCCCCCAUCACCCAGCCAGCCGGCCUCCACCGGCCUCUAUGCUGAGUGCUGCCGGGAGCAGCCCCCCUGCUACAAGCCGCAGGGGAGGCCGGGCGAGCUGGAGUACCUGCGGGGCUUCUACCCCUGCGGGGUUCCCCUGUGCCCUGAGCCCUGCCGCUACUGUGGCAGGGACCUGUGCACCCCACCACUGCCGCGCAGCCACACCUGUCGCUGUCACCCCCAGCCCUGGGCACGCUGCCCCGACUGCUACUGUCCAGGCCCCCGCCCUGGGCGGGAGGAGAGUGACGCCUGGCCCCCCCGGAGAGCUUUUGCCACGGAGUUUCCUCCAGAUGAGUGGGAACCACCGGCAAUAACCAGGAAAGCCAGCCAAUCCGUCAGUGAGCUCUCCCACCACCAACUGGGCUUCCCAAGGCUUGGCCCCUUCCACCCGUGCUUUGAGAGCACCGAGCCGGAGUGGACACCCUGCUACCGGGCCACAUCCACGCACGACCUCUCAUGGGAUGGUGACCGCCUGGCCUGCUCCCCCGAGAGUCCCCCGGACCCCCUGCACCGCCCACUGCGGGGCAGAGCCUUCUCUGAAAGCCACCUCAACUUGGAGCCUGCUAGCCCCCGGGGCCGCGACCAAAGGAACCUUCUCCGUGACAAGCUGGACCCCUCUGGCAUCCCCAAAAAGAAGGGCCCCCCACCUCCCCGCCCACCUCCCCCCAACUGGGAGAAGUACAGGCAACGCCGGAUGUCCCAGCGCCUGCUGGAUGGUCCUGGGCAUGGCUCUGCCUUCACCACUGCCCCUGUGCCAACCUACAGCAUUGCUGAGGCUGUAUGCGAGCGGACCCAGAGCCUCAGUGGGGAGCAGGGGGGCUGGUCCUGGGGGCAUGCCGCUCGCUCCCCUGCCCCACCGGGUGCCUGGCCCCGACCUGAGCCCCCCAGGUCACUCCACAGGAUGCCUGAGCCCGAUGCUGGCAGUGCCGAGAUUUGCAGGGUGGCAGGGGCUGGGGAGGAGCGGCCGAAGGUGAAGCGCCCUUGGGAGACGGAGGAGCAGCCCCAAAGUCUCAGCCGGAACCAGGAGCGGGGCUGGGCUGGCCCCCAUGGUGUGGGUGAGUGCUCCCUGCCCCUGCAUGGAGGCCCCAGCCCUGCCACCCCAGAGGCACCCAAGCCUGUCCCUGGCAAAGCAGAGGGGGUGAGCUGCCAGGGGGGCCGGCCCCAGCCCCACCAUGUGGACUCGAAGGAACUGCUGUGGGAUGUGGCAGGCAGGGACCGCUCCCUGGCUGGUAUCCUGGCCCCCUCGGCCCCCCUCAGCACUGCCACCGAGGUGAUGGGCGAGCUGCUGGUGGCGGGGGAGUGGCAGCCCCGGCGGGAGCAUUUCCGGCGGGACUGGCGCCUGGAGGCCCUGGCGCAGGACAGGCAGGGCUUCGAGCCCAUCUCGCCGCCCCCUGGGAGCACUGCCAGCUCUGCAUCCUACCCAGCAUAUUAUGGCAUGGCAUCGGGCAAAGCUGAGCCGCUCAGCAAGGUAAAGGAGCUGCCGGAGGUGGAGAGAAGUUCAGAGGAUGAGGAGGAAGAGGUGGACCAUGAGCUGGUAGAAAAGAAGCUGCAGCUGAUUGAGAGCCUGAGCCGCAAGCUGGCCGUGCUGCAGGAGGCGCAGCGGGGGCUGCAGGAGGACAUCAGCGCCAAUGGGGCACUGGGUGAAGAUGUGGCUGCCCGCCUGCAAGCCCUCUGCACCCCAGGGGAGUUUGACAAGUACCGCCUCUUCGUGGGCGACCUGGAUAAGGUGGUCAAUCUCCUGCUCUCCCUCUCGGGUCGCUUGGCCCGGGUGGAGGCUGCCCUGGGCAGCCUAGGGCCGCAUGCCCCCACUGAGGACAAGGUGGCCCUGCGAGAGAAGCAGAGGCUGCUGGUGGCACAGCUGGAGGAUGCCAAGGAGCUGAAGGAGCAUGUGGGGCGGCGGGAGGAAGUGGUGGGUGCCAUGGUGGCGCGAUACCUGCCUGCUGAGCACCUCCAGGACUACCAGCACUUCGUCAAGAUGAAGUCAGCCCUCAUCACCGAGCAGCGGGAGCUGGAGGAGAAGAUCAAGCUGGGCCAGGAGCAGCUCCGGUGCCUGCGUGAAAGCCUCGGCCAGGCCCCCAAGGGCUGCUAGCCCCCUGACCAGCCUCCCCCCAGGACCCUGACCAUGGCCCCAGCUUGCUGGCCCCUCAAGGGCUCUCCUUGCACCUGUCUGUCUGUCCAGCCCCUGCCUUUUAUUUAUUUUUCCAGUUUACUGAGCAGGGGAGGGGGUGGUGCCCGCCAGGCACAGGCCAGGGUGGGUCGUGCCACAGAGCUGCCCUGGGCUCUAACAGCCACCCAGCUCCCCGUGGCCCAUGACGACCAGGGGGAUGGAUCUUGUCCCCCCCUCCCCGGGUCUUUCUGUGCCUGCAGGGGACCCUCUACCUUGCCCUGGACACCAGUGGCUAUCCCGCAGCUGGUGCUGCACCGAGUGCCUUAAACACCCCCUGGCUGCCUCAGAGCAUCCCCAUGCAGCAGUGCCUGGAAGGGUUAAACCAUUCUUGCACUCCAUCAUGUCUUAUUUGUCUGUCAUGUCUGUUUGUCCAGUUCUGUCUGUCUGUCCGAUGGGAGCUGAAAGAAUUUCGGCCCCGGGCAUCCUUUUCCUCUCCAUUGUGUCUGAAACAAUGGCCCUGGUUAGCAGUUCUUUAACCCACUCCCGGCCGGCUGAGGAACUGCAGGGGGCCAGCGCCGGUGCUGGUGAGUGCUGUGCACCCCUCUACCGGGGGACACUGCGGUGCCCUGGCAUGGUGCCCUGCCAGAGGAGGAGGUUCUGGGAGCAGUAGACCAGGGGCUGUGAGUGCCCCCUGCCACCAGUGCUGUGGGCACAGGGACCACCCAGCCUCAUCUAGCCCUUGCCUCCAGCCUUUGCCCCAGCACUGGGAAGGAUUAAUAGAGGAAAAACCACCCUAAGGAUGAAAUGGGGUACCUGUCCCCUUCUUCUGUGCUGCAGCAGCCCCAAAUAGCACUUAGACCUCACGCUGGGUCAUCCCAUCUGCCCUGCCGCUGCCUGUAUGCCCCCAUGGGCCGGGCAGGUGCCUUGCUGAUUUUGCACAGGGGUUUCAUGGAAGCGGCAGCAGCUGGGGGUGGGCCCCAGCCCCUUUAGGGGUGGCCAUAGCUGGGCAGCCCAGCCCCAGGGUGCAGGCGGCACCCGUGCCUACCCACUUGGCACUGCAGCACACACACCCCGGUGUGGCUGCCCACGCCCCUGAGCCCGUUGAACACUAUGCCCCACACCUACCUGGCCCUGCCCUGGGACAGUGCCUGGCAGGAAUGGGGUCCCCCGCAUGCCCCCCAUCUCAGCCAUGCCCUGUGCCUGCCCAGGAACACUGCUAGGACCAAAGACUGCACCCAGUGGUGGAUAUGCUGCUCUUGGGGGGACUGGCAUCCCUUACUUAGUAGGUCACUGUGCUGGUGUCCGUGCCUUGCCGCGUGCCAUUGUGCCUCUCUCACACUAAAUGAGCAGCAGCAGCUGCACAACUGUU